GUGUUUGUCCAGGACCUGGUCAGGAGACACACCGACCAGCCGGUCUGGAUGGGGGGCUACGACGCAGCUCAGGUACACUGGGUUAAUCAGUCAGUCAGUCAGUCAAAUGUUUAGUAAUGUCUACAGGUUACACAGGUAAAAUCUCAAUGUACCUUUUGGUUUAAAAACAAAAAGAAGUGGUUUCAAUCCAUUAAUCAAUCAAUCAAUGUUUUCCUGUGAUUAGAAGGGGAUGUGGCUGUGGAGUGACGGCUCAGCUGUUGACCAUUUUUACUGGGAGGAGGAUGAGCCCAGUAACUCUGGACAGGGGGAGAACUGUAUGGAGCUACACACUGGAGGUGCACACAUACACAUCCUGUUACCGAAACGAAUAAAUGAUAUAUUCUCUCUCUCUCUCUCUCUCUCUCUCUCUCUCUCUCUCUCUCUCUCUCUGAGGACAUUGAAAUAAUUGAAGUGUUAUUGUUUGUUGCCUUUGCAACAGCUGGGCAGGGCUGGAAUGACGUGUCCUGUGGAGAGCUGAGGUUCUACGUGUGUUCGAUGGAGACAAGGUAGCGGGCUAAUACUGUCUUGUACCUGGCCACGUUUUUGCAGAGACCACAUUAACAGUAAAAUACAUUCAUGUCUUUUUUUUUUUCAUGUUCUUUUAGAUCUGGUUUAGCAGCAUUACCAAGUCAGAAGCAAGCACACGAGAGAGGUAGGUAUGUCUCGGCCCAUUGCCAAGGCUAAACAGAUCUAAGAGAUCAAGAAGUUUGUGGUGUCUGAUAGUGGGAAGUUACAGGUGCAGCUCCUCGUUAGAUGGCACUUGAGAACGCUACGCCAUUCAAACUUUAAAACGUGUAGACAGGUCUGAAAUUGUUUUUAAAACUAUUAAGCUUUUCAUCCUCCUAGAAAACCUCAUCCACUUUAAUGGGAUAUCUUCAACAUUCUAAAGAUGCCAUUAUUUAAAUCUCCCAUGUUAAAAACUGACUUCCAACGUUCUUUUCACUGUAAACAAUGUGACUUUUGACACCAAUUAGCUAACAGCUAUUUUGACCACUUUUCCCAGCAGCUUCGGCAAAAACGUAGAGCAUAUUUUUUAGUCCACUUCUCUGCUAUUCAAACCUAACAUAAUUGAAACGGCUGCCUUUUUGAUUAUCUGUUUUGAGUUUUGUACUAAGAGUUGCUAAAAUGUACCACAUACUUAUGAAAACUGCACCAAAGCAACAACAACAAAAAUUCUCCCCCCAGAACUGGUUGAAGAGGUGAGUAUUUAUGACGUCCUGUGUUAGACCAGUAAGACAGUAGCAGAUGAGACCCUCCACUCAGCCUUCCUCAGUGGGAUGUAUACCAGACGUCUGCCUGCCCGCUUCUACGUUGACUUCUGCCACCAGGAGGCGCUAUACCUGGACAGAGUCAUCACCAUGCUGCAGGUGAAAGGAAAAUACAUUAAAUAAAAGAAUACCGUAAAGUUUUACUUUCUAUGACUGUGAUACGUGGUUGUCGUCCCUAGCUAUCUUAAGAUAAGUUGCUCUGGAUAACAGUGUCUGCUAAAUGUGUGUGUGAGUGCCAGGUGCUGAUCAGAACAGUCCAGGGUCCCCCAGACAUCAUGCUGUUUCUCCAGACAACCCAUCAACGCUACCAGGAGUCUCUGAAGGAGGCCCAGAACCAAACUCCACCACACCUGGCAAGACGCUCUUAUAACAACCUUAAUAUACAAUUUAAGAUAUAUCUUAAUAUACAAUUUAAGAUAUAUCUUAAUAUAAAAUGUAAGGUAUAUCUUAAUAUACAAUGUAAGAGGACGUAUAGCAAGAAAAAACAACUGGAAUGUCGUAGGUGAUUUAUCAAUUAAUCAUUUAAUAAUCAAUUAACCUUCCAUUAACCUUUUCAAUGAACCAGUAACCUUAUUGAACCCUUUUUUUGUGUUGGUUAAAUUCAAAUUCUAUUACUCAAGUUUUAGUGUAUUUAGACCCAAAACAGAAUCAAUAGUUUCAAGUUUCUGCUUUCUUUCCCCUUUUUUGAUUCCCUCUAGUUCAUUCAGUUCACGUCAUAGUCUUUUAUCAUUACAAUAAUAUUCCCUUUAGUUCAUUCAGUUCAGUUCAUAGUCUUUUAUCAUUACAACAAUAUUCCCUUUAGUUCAUUCAGUUCACUUCAUAGUAUUUUAGCAUUACAAUAAUAUUCCCUUUAGUUCAUUCAGUUCAGUUCAUAGUCUUUUAGCAUUCAAAUAAUAUUCCCUUUAGUUCAUUCAGUUCAGUUCAUAGUCUUUUAUCAUUCAAAUAAUAUUUCCCUAAAUUGGCUUUUAGGGUGUCUAUAGCAAGGUUUCCAUCCAAUUGGCGACAGAUUUUCAUGUCAAUAUUCUAAAAUCUUCAUAAAAACAAUAUGCCAUUUCAGAGUUUCCUUAAGGAAAAUCUGGCACCGGACAACAUGACAGGGAAGAUUUUAAUUUACUGGACAUUUGAGAAAUGUUACGGACAUCCAUAUGCAUUCAGAUCCAACCUGGCGCAGCCAGCGCCAUCAAUAAACCAGGGAUGUUGGCCAAAUUAGCCACAUUUACGUGCCCUUAAAAAAAGCCUAUAACAAAUAACAAAAACACUAUUCCUUUAUAGCCUUUAUAUUUUUGAGGGGGUUUUAGGCUACUUUCCUAAAACAAUAAUUGUCCACCUCACGGUUCAGCUGUGGGCUUAGGUGUCCACUGUAUGAUAUUCAUAUUUUAAUAAAUAUAUAUAUAUAUAUAUACAGUGCCUUGCAAAAGUAUUCAUCCCCCUUGCCGUUUUUCCUAUUUUGUUGCAUUACAACCUGUAAUUUAAAUGGAUUUUUAUUAGGAUUUCAUAUAAUGGACAUACACAAAAUACUCCAAAUUGGUGAAGUGAAAUGAAAAAAAUUACUUGUUUCAAAAAAUUCUAAAAAAUCAAUAACGGAAAAUAAGAUCUGGUGCAACCAAUUACCUUCAGAAGUCACAUAAUUAGUUAAAUAAAGUCCACCUGUGUGCAAUCUAAUUUUCACAUGACCUGUCACAUGAUCUCACUAUAUAUACACCUGUUCUGAAAGGCCCCAGAGUCUGCAACACCACUAAGCAAGGGGCACCACCAAGCAAGCGGAACCAUGAAGAGCAAGGAGCACUCCAAACAUGUCAGGGACAAAGUUGUGGAGAAGUACAGAUCAGGGUUGGGUUAUAUAAAAAUAUCAGAAACUUUGAACAUCCCACGGAGCACCAUUAAAUCCAUUAUAAAAAAAUUGAAAGAAUAUGGCACCACAACAAACCUGCCAAGAGAGGGCCGCCCACCAAAACUCACAGACCAGGCAAGGAGGGCAUUAAAUCAGAGAGGCAACAAAGAGACCAAAGAUAACCCUGAAGGAGCUGCAAAGCUCCACAGCGGAGAUUGGAGUAUCUGUCCACAGGACCACUUUAAGCCAUACAGUCCACAGAGCUGAGUUUUGCGGAAGAGUGGCCAGAAAAAAGCCAUUGCUUAAAGAAGAAAAAUAAGCAAACACGUUUGGUGUUCGCCAAAAGGCAUGUGGGAGACUCCCCAAACAUAUGGAAGAAGAUACUCUGGUCAAAUGAGACUAAAAUGGAGCUUUUUGGCCAUCAAGGAAAACGCUAUGUCUGGUGAAAACCCAACACCUCUCAUCACCCCGAGAACACCAUCCCCACAGUGAAGCAUGGUGGUGGCAGCAUCAUGCUGUGGGGAUGUUUUUCAUCGGCAGGGACUGGGAAACUGCUCAGAAUUGAAGGAAUGAUGGAUGGCACUAAAUACAAGGAAUUUCUUGAGGGAAACCUGUUUCAGUCUUCCAGAGAUUUGAGACUGGGACGGAGGUUCACCUUCCAGCAGGACAAUGACCCUAAGCAUACUGUUAAAGCAACCCUCGAAUGGUUUAAGGGGAAACAUUAAGCCCAAACCUCAAUCCAAUUGAGAAACUGUGGUAUGACUUAAAGAUUGCUGUACACCAGCGGAACCCAUCCAACUUGAAGGAGCUGGAGUAGUUUUGCCUUGAAGAAUGGGCAAAAAUCCCAGUGGCUAGAUGUGCCAAGCUUAUAGAGACAUACCCCAAGAGACUUGCAGCUGUAAUUGCUGCAAAAGGUGGCUCUACAAAGUAUUGACUUUGGGGGGGUGAAUAGUUAUGCACGUUCAAGUUUUCUGUUUCUUUGUCUUAUUUCUUGUUUGUUUCACCCAAAAAAAUAUUUUGCAUUUUCAAAGUGGUAGGCAUGUUGUGUAAAUCAAAUGAUACCAGCCCCCCCAAAAUCUAUUUUAAUUCCAGGUUGUAAGGCAACAAAAUAGGGAAAAUGCCAACUGGGGUGAAUACUUUCGCAAGCCACUGUACACUGGGGAUAAUGGGGAAGAUGGGUGACACCUGGAGGGGUGUGGAGACAAUCACAAAGACAGGUGAAACAGAUCAGGGUGCAUUCUCUGUGUAAGGCUAUAUUACCAAGAAGGAGAGUGAUGGAGUGCUGCAUCAGAUGACCUGGCCUCAACAAUCCCACGACCUUAACCAAAUUGAGAUGGUUUGGGAUGAGUUGGACCACAGAGUGAAGGAAGAGAAGCCAACAAGUGCUCAGCAUAUGUGGGAACUCCUUCAAUACUGUUGAAAAGCAUUCCAGGUGAAGCUGGUUGAGAGAAUGCCAAGAGUGUGCAAAGCUGUCAUCAAGGCAAAGGAUGGCUAUUUGAAGAAUCUCAAAUGUAAAAUUAAUUUUGAUUUUUUUAACACUUUUUUUGGUUACAACAUGAUUCCAUAUGUGUUAUUUCAUAGUUUUGAUGUCUUCACUAUUAUUCUACAAUGUAGAAAAUAGUAAAAAAAAAAAAUGUUGAAUGAGUAGGUGUUGUAAAACUUUUGACCGGUAGUGUAUACUGUGGCAUAUAACAGUGGCGGCACAGGAGGCUGAACCCCGAAGUAGGGCUUCAGAUUGAACACAGUGUGUGUUUUCGUCACCUUCCAUUCUAUUCCAUAGCUGACAGGACCCCAACUGUCUCAUCACUGUUGCUGGACUGGACCACUUCAGCUCAAGACUUGGACGAGAAGUAGUCCGACGCUUUAGAAAGCGGAUGCGCCCAGACCAUAUCUCCCGGCAGAAAACUGUGCAUUAUAGUAUUUGUCUUGUCUGGCCUGGCAUAUGGCCCCCCUCUGUUGGACUUCUUAUGCCUGCUGUGUCUCCAAGAGGUUGGAGGGUGGGAUCAGCCUGUCCUGAGGCCCUUGGAGAUUCCUCCCCAUGGAAGGCUCAGGAGUCGGGGUUUCUGCUUAUUUCAUGUUUUGCCGUGUUGAUGGCAUAACGGAACUCAGGAAGCCACUGGUCCCAGUUCCUGUGGUGUUCUCCCACAAAAGAGGCAAUCGUAGUCUUGAGAGUACGAUUGUCUCUCUCCGUAAGAUUGGCUUGUGGAUGGUAAUUUGUGGUGAACUGGUGGUGUCAUCCCCCAUGACCUGCAAAGAUCCUCCAUAACAUUGCCUGUGAACUGGAAUCCACGAUCAGAUAUGAGGAGCUGAGGAUGAAAUUCACUAUCCUUCAGGAAAAACAUUUCAACCCACUUGGUAAAUUGGUCGAUGUGAAUUGAUGACCACCAGACAACCUCCAAGAUGCAAAGAAAAGUCAUGGAAGUAAUCCAGAAAACAGGAGACAAGGGAUCUCUUUCUACUAUGACUCGAUUUGUAGACUGCUACUGUUAUAUAUGUGGCAGUGUCACACUCUGCCUUGGGCCAUCAGAACAGAACAACACCUGGUAACGAGCUCUCUCCUCUCUACAGAACCUCCCUAUCUCAGCAGGUACAGGGUAAAACACCCGUCUCCUCCUCCUCCUCUUGGUUUAUGCUAAGAUGGCGCCGACGGAGAAGGGUGACAUCUUACAGGUUGCAACCCAACUUUGCAGUAACUUUACCCUGCCUUCAUGUACAUACUGUAUCAACGUCAAAUACCUCGUACCUCUGCACAUUGAUCUGGUACUGGUACUCCCUGUAUAUAGCUCCACAUUUAUCUGGUACUCCCUGUAUAUAGCUCCACAUUGAUCUGGUACUGGUACUCCCUGUAUAUAGCUCCACAUUUAUCUGGUACUGGUACUCCCUGUAUAUAGCUCCACAUUGAUCUGGUACUGGUACUCCCUGUAUAUAGCUCCACAUUGAUCUGGUACUGGUACUCCCUGUAUAUAGCUCCACAUUGAUCUGGUACUGGUACUCCCUGUAUAUAGCUCCACAUUGAUCUGGUACUGGUACUCCCUGUAUAUAGCUCCACAUUGAUCUGGUACUGGUACUCCCUGUAUAUAGCUCCACGUUGAUCUGGUACUGGUACUCCCUGAAUAUAGCUCCACAUUGAUCUGGUACUGGUUCUCCCUGUAUAUAGCUCCACAUUGAUCUGGUACUAGUACUCCCUGUAUAUAGCUCCACAUUGAUCUGGAAUUGGUACUCCCUGUAUAUAGCUCCAUAUUGAUCUGGUACUGGUACUCCCUGUAUAUAGCUCCACAUUGAUCUGGUACUGGUUCUCCCUGUAUAUAGCUCCACAUUGAUCUGGUACUGGUACUCCCUGUAUAUAGCUCCACAUUGAUCUGGUACUGGUACUCCCUGUAUAUUAUUAUAUAUAGCUCCACAUUGAUCUGGUACUGGUACUCCCAGCAUAUAGCUCCACAUUGAUCUGGUAUUGGUACUCCCUGUAUAUAGCUCCACAUUGAUCUGGUACUGGUACUCCUUGUAUUUUGUUGUGUAUUUUGUUUUAUUCCUCCUGUUACUUUUAUUUGUAUUAUUAUUUAAAACUCUGCAUCAAUGAGAAGGGCUCGUAAACAUUUCAAGUCUACACCAGUUAUAUUCAGCUAGUGACAAAUAAAAUGUAAUUAGAUUUUCCUCCUCCUAUUCCUCUUCUCCUCCUCCUUUUCCUCCUUCUCCUCCUCCUCUUCCUCCUCCUCCUCCUCCUCCUCCUGCCUACAGAACCUGUCCUCCAUCCAGCCCUCUGCAGCCGUGCGUCAGUACCUCCAGAGCUUCCAUGACAUAGUGAAUGAGGAGCCCAUCUACUGGCUGGUGUCUCUGCUGCCCAGAGCCCUGCUCAGACCUUACCUGGCACAGCACCUGCCCCUGGGAGAGAGGACCAGAUCAGGCCCCAGCCCCUGCCUCUACCCAAGGCUAAGCCUCUUCCCCUGCCCCUGCUACCAGUGGGGGGGAGAGGACAUGAAGUCAGACCAGAGGAACCAGAAGGACAAGUCAGGGUCAUAUUACAGGUAUCUUGAGGAUAUUAUAAUGUAUUACAACUGAUACAAUAUAAUGUAUACUGAUUGAUAUUGAUGAUGUAAUGUAUGCUGAUUGAUAUUGAUGACAUUGAUUGCCUAUGGAGGUUUAUAACGUCUCAACUCCACAUUGUUGUAUUUAAUCUAGUGUGGUAAUAUUGUGGAGUGACACUUUUCUAACCUGUCUCUCUCUCCAGGCCUCUACUGGAGAAGUACCAGGAUGUGAUAGACGUCUAUAAGGCUGUCAACAUCUUCAGAUUCCAGAUGAUCAACGAGAAGGCUCUCUUCACCUCCAGGUAA